AUGACACAGACGAAGUCUUUUCAAGAAGCAACGGAGAAUAAGUACGUCAAGAAGCUGAUGCACGUUCCUUCUGGAUAUCGCGGGUCUUUAGGCGUUUCUGAUACACCUCUGAUUUUGGCCAUCAGAGUCAGACAUAUCGGUGGCACGGCUGUGAUCAAUAUUCCACCGCCUCCUUCGGAUCGACUGUGGUAUGGUUUUCUGUCCCCUCCGAAGAUUUCACUCCAGGCGAUACCUAAGGUCGGAGGAAGGACGGUUAAUGUUGCUAACAUAACGGAAUGGAUUGAAAAGAAGUUGAUAUCCUUGGUGGAGAAAGCUCUGGUGAUUCCGAACAUGGAUGACAUCAUUUUACCCACUACCGCGAACCAGCCGCUUUUCAGCACCUACAUUUAA